CAACUCUUUUCCAAGCCUCCAAAGCAUGGCGGGGUUGUUGCAUGGCAUCAGGACUAUAGUUAUUGGACACGGACUAAACCAAUGAAACACUUAACUAUACAUAUUGCUCUCGAUGAUCAGACCCCAGAAACAGGUGGAUUACAUUUUGUACCUGGAUCACACAGGUGGAGUAGAAAUGGGAAUCCAUUACCAAUCACUGAUGCUACUUUUGGUGACAUGGAGUCAUUGAAAAAGGUACUGACAGAAGAAGAGUUUGCUCAAUUCAAACCAGUUCCUUCCGGUUUAAAGAGAGGACAUGCUAGCUUCCAUCAUCCUUUAAUGGUGCACGGAUCAUACGCUAACAAGUCAGAGAGCCCAAGGAGAGCAUGUGUUGUUAAUUAUAUUGCUGACGGUGUUUGGUCUGAUACUAAUGAACCUUUGCUUAAUGGGGUUCCUCUCAUUGAAAAGGGUAAUAAAAUGGAAGGACAGUUUUUCCCACUUAUUUUUGAUCCAAAAUGGGCAAGUCCUGCUUAAAGAUUUAACAAAAGAACUAUACGUGCUAAUUAUAUUUUUGUUUAUUAAAAAUACGCGCUAUUUUUAUAAU